AUGCCGUGUUCCUUGAUGUGUUGUCUUCCGUUUGCAUAAACGGUGCUGAGGCUAUGGGUCCGUGGCAGAGUGCUUACUCAGCAUGCUUAGGGUCCUGGGUUCCAUCUGGAGUCCUGCAGAAGGAAAGCACUUCAACCUCCCCCAAAACAUUUAUCUUGGAAACAUUCCAGUGUUUUAUGAGAGUUGACAGAAUUCCUGUCAAUGUUUUAUUAGGUAGUUUGGUGUUAGUAUGGACUUGUCCUGUAUACUGAGGUGUUUGUAGGUCUGGUCUGAUACAUGUAUUAUCGUGUGUGUGUGUGUGUGUGUGUGUGUGUGUGUGUGUGUGUAGUCAUGCAUACACACAUUCAUACAUGUAUAUAUGCAUGUGUGAGCUACAGAUGCAUAACUCAUUUCUACCCUGUUACCAUAGGCAAACCUGAAUGAAAUGCUGACUGCAUUACCUUACUGAUCUCUGUGAAAGGAUCCUAGGAGUAGUAGUUUUGGAAGCAUGUUCCCUGCCAGCAGUGUAGACCCUAGACCUCCUGAAUCAGAAGCCACUCAUCUGUGUUUAAAGUGCCAAGCCUAGAGAGUCUGAUGCAAGGGAAAGUUGGAGAGCCAGUGCUCCAGGAAACUACCUCCAGGACGCUGCUCUGGGUGGCCGAGGAGCAAAGUACCAGCAUGUGUUGGAUUACUCCCGGAGCUGCUGAGCUGCUGUGCAUGUCCAAGCUGCUUUCAGGGAUGAUACCCUGCAUCCUUGUUAGUGUUGGACAUGAACCAGCUCUAUAAUUUGCCAGUGCUUUGUGGCUAACUUUAAUGUGGAUUUAUGGGAUCUUAGUGAAUUGGAGGCGUACCUUGUGUUAUUUAGUUGUUAUACUGUUUCUUGGGCGAGCUGUCCAUUUUAUCUUCUGUUCCUCUCCUCUUAUUCUCUUUCCACCCCCCACAUUUGUGUUUCUUUUCCCCCUUUUAUUUUGCGAGACACUUUUCUUAAACCAUUGGUUAAACAGUGCAUUCUUUCAUAGUUUUGGUGAGGCUUUUUUGAUUGUAUAGCAUAUUUCCAUGUUGUAUAGCAUAUUUCCAUAUACAUGAGACUUUGUCAAUUUAUCAAGAGUUGUAAUUUAUGUUUAGAAAUAAAUUUAAAACGUGUACUUUACUAUUGACAGUUUAGCUAUCUUGAAACUGCCCCAGUGAAGAGGCUGAACAUUUCUGUUACCCCCAAACUUUUUUGGGCCUAUUUUGUAGUGAGACCUUCCUGUUGUACCCAGACUUGUGUGAUCGCGAUAGUUCGCAUUUCUAGAAUUUUAUAUAAAUGUCCAUGCUGUAUGGUACUUUUUUGUGUCUGGUUCCUUUCACUAAACAUACUGAAUUAAAAACAAUAUGAUACAAUACUUAAAAAAAUCUUCUUUUUAACUGUGACACAAGACAUAGGACGUAGACCUUGUGGGCAGCCCUUUUUGUGGGAUUUAGUGGUGUGAUGUCCAUGUUGGGCAGACGUCAGUGUGAUUCCUCGGCAGAAUGUGGUCACUACCCCAGACCAAGCCCUGCUCCCCUUAACCUCAGCCCACUAAUUCUGAGAUGCCUCCCAGGGCUGGUAUGUUGUUCUUAGUUCUAUACCAAUCUUCUUCUGUUUCUGUGCCAAAUCCUUAUUUCUUCAUUAGAACUUUGCUCUUCCGUAUAUAUUUUGGAAUGCUUCUGAAAUUCUCAAUAAAGUCUAGGAAAUGUGAUUGGCAUUACUCGGGUUACAGUCUCGUAGAGAGAAGUGACAUCAUUUCUAUUUUGAUACUGCGAUUUUUACCGUGGUCAUUGUCUUCCCAUCUUUAAAGAAAUAACUUUUAAGUAAAGGUUACAAUUUUCUCUGUUAUGGUAACACUUUUUCCUCAUUGUUGGCUCUGGAAUUUGAAUUCAUUGCCUUUUAAAUGCUAAACACACACUGUCCUACUGGGCUACACUUCCAGCUUAUAUGGGACCUUUUUAAAAAAAUAAAUGUCAUAUGUUUGGGCAGAGUUUGGGUUUGGAUGCUGUAUUACACACUUGCUUUUCCGUUGUGACCAAACACCCCAGGGAAACUUAAGAGCAGAGACAUAAUUGCACUCAUGCUCCCUACCCAUUUAGUCUGUGGUUGCUGGGCCUCAUGGAGGAGAUCCUAUCACAGCAUGCAGGAAGCAGAGAGCUACCAGGAAGGGUUCAGGGACAAGAUACCCCAAGGACUGCCUGGUGGCCUACUUCUUUCAGCUGUUGCCUGCCACCCAAAGUUUUAAAACGCUUUCUGAUAGCUCCUCCAGCUGAGGCCCAGGCCUUCCGUUACACAUGCCUGUGGCAGACAUUACGUGGUAAGCCAUGAGAGGAACCUUGUUCCCACCUUACGGGCAUAGACAGGUCUUUAACAGUCUCUUCAUUUGCCCGACUUGAGUGACUUUGAUCGAUUUGUUCCCUCUCCCUCUCUCCCUGCCCCAAGCCCCUCCUUCCUCAAGCCUGGGUAAGGAGGCCUGCUCUGUGAGGCUGUGGAAGCGGAGCGCGGAGCUGGAAACAGAGCCCUCGCUCAGUCAGUGCUGAGCCUUUAAAUAGUAAACUUGAGACGUUCACCCGCUUCUAAGGAUUUAUGACAAAGAAGUGUCAGGAAAGCAAAGUGAAGAAGACAGCCACUUAUGUGUGCAGUACUUCAGAUCUACAUAUGGGAGCCCGGGCCUCUGCCUACUUACCCAGCAAGUGUAGAUACUUCCAAGGAAUUUUAUAGUUGAGUGGGGAGGAAUAUACAACUAAUAUACAAGAAGCAAGUAGAGAAAUCUCUGCGACAGAUGGUAGAAAUUAGGGUUAAGUGCUAUAGGUUCAGGGGAGUUAUGGGAAGAAAGAAAUGCGCUUGCUCUUGAGCUUUCAUUUGACUUGGGUGGCAUUCGAGUAGGGAAGAGAGAAGAGGAAGGUGAAAACCAGGAUAAGUAACAUUUUUAUUGGGGACAGUCAGGGCCUGGUGAUGAACCUCACAGUAAUGGAUGUUGCAUCUGGAUUUUAAAAAUUGUUUUUUUUUUUUUUUUAAAUAUUGGUUGAGAGAGAGAGACAGAGAGAGGGGAGAGAGAGAGUUAGAGUUAGUGUCAGCACAUGCGUCUCAGUGCAUGUAUGGAGGUUGGAAGACAACGUGAAGAAGUUGGUUCUCUCCAUCCACCAUGUACUUCCUGGGAAAUGAGCUCAGCCUGAGGCUCUGAGGCUUAGUGGCAAGUGCCAGUUGCCUUGCUGAACUAUCUCGCCAACCCCUGUGUCUGGAUUCAGGUGUCUUAAAAUCACAUGAAGUAGUGAUAGGUGGCUACUGCAUGUGUAGAUGGCUAGCAGCUCUCUGGGUCUGAGAAUGGUGGCUGAGAGUGUUGACCAUGGAGCCAGAGUGCUUGGGUUUGGCUUGCUGUCAGCGGGUUAGGUGAACCAUCUGUGCCUCAGGCCCCAAGUUCUGUGGCAGACAUAAGAACAGCAGCUUCUGUCCAGGGCUGCUGAGUAGUUGUAAGAAAGAUGGAAGCUAACAUUUAUAAGGCACUGAGUGUCUACUGCAAAGUGUGUGAGUUAGCUCUCUGUCAGUGAGACAAAAUAACCGAGACUGGGAUAAAAAAAAAAAAAAAAAAGCUCUGUCUUUUUUUUUUUUUCUUUUCUUUUCUCUCUUUUCUUCCUUUUUUUCUCCCAAGAUAGGCCCUUUUGAUAUUACUUGGUUGGCCUCAAACUGCAGAUCCUCCUGCCUUAGUCUUACAGGCAGGAUCCCCCCCCCCCAUGCUGUAACAAUUACCUUUUAAGGAUUCAUUUGGGUUCCUGGGCUCCUGGUUUCAGUUCGUGGUCAUCUGGCUUGAGGCGAGGUUGUGAGGUUGUGUAUCACGGUAGUGUCAUCCGGGAUCUGGCUGUCACCUCCCUUCAGCUUCCUGGUCUUUGUGAUCUCUGAAGAACUAAGAUGAGACACACACAGAACACAACCUAGAAGGUAGGCAGAGCUUAUUACUGAUUUUUUAAUGACUAUGUUUAUUGUGUAAUAUAGGAGGUAGGCAAAGUAAAGCAGACUUACUCCGCAGGUGAGAGUGCACAGUGAGCUAAAGGCCCGUUGUGUAGGUUUACAUGCUGGGCAGGCUUUACUCUCACGAAAGCAUCUAGAACACUCAGGUUUCCUAGGGGUGUUCUUCUGUCUAGGUAUGUUGAGUCUUACGGGAAGGGUGCAGUAGUAUGUCCUUAUUCUUUUUUUUUUUUCUUUCUUUUCUCUUUCUUUCUUUCUUUUUUUUUUUUUGGUUUUUUUGAGACAGGGUUUCUCUGUGUACCCUUGGCUGUCCUGGACUCAAUUUGUAGACCAGGCUGGCCUCAAACUCACAGAGAUCCCCCUGCCUCCGUCUCCCCAGAGUGCUGAGGAUGAAAGGACGCCAGCUGUCCUGUUCUUUAUCAGAAAGAAUCUGGGCUAGAUAGUAGCACUGUUAUAAAGUUUAGGAUCCCUGGAACCAGGUUUAGAUAGCUAUCAGUUCACGACCUUGUGGGAAGUUCAGGAUCUGAACUUCUAACUCUCCUUUUAAGGUAAGAUUCCCUUCCUUUAGCUGUUUGUCAAGCCGUUUGUACCUGCCGUUUGUACCUGCUAUUGAUCCCGAGGGGAGUGUCCAGCCCUGAUACCCACCGAGGAUGCUGAUUUCUGUUUAUCUAAUAGUGGGAACUCAUGAUAGAGGAAGCUGCUUACCUCAGCCAGGAAGGAAGGGAGGGAGGAGAGGGCUAAGGUCCUCAGAGUCCCUUGCAGGGCAUGCCUCCCAUGACAUAACUUCCUUCUACUGAGCCACUCCUUAAAAGACCUUUCCAGGAACAUCAUAGUCUGGGACCAAACCUUCAAGCGCGGGCAUUUGGGGGACAGCAGAGAUCCAAAUGGUGAAGGCAGCAUGAGCGGUGCCGGCGGGCAGACUUAGCCAUUUUAUUUCAUUUAGGAGACAGCCACCCACUUGGAAGGUUAAAGGGACUGCAGCUUAUUCAGAAAGAGAUCUGGAGCAAGGUUGGCAGUGCAUAUGCGCCAGGAUCCUUAGAGGUGCCCCAUCAAUUCCAAGUUGGAGACUUGGUUUAUGUACGGCGACACCGUAGUCAGAAUUUGGAACCCUGGUGGAAAGGUCCUUACUGCAUCCUGCUCACCACCCCAACGGCUGUGAAGGUAGAAGGCAUUGCUGCUUGGAUCCACGCAUCACACGUCAAAUCUGCUCCAGAGGACUCCACUUCUGACUGGAAAAUCCAGCCCAGUGACAAUCCCUUAAAACUUAAGCUUGUUAAAAAUGCUAGCCGUGAGUGAUAUCCACAAACUGCUGGUGCCUUUGGCUCUGUUAAGCACCUGUAAUACUUGCUUGGGCUCCAGUCCUCACCAGCCCAAACUUUUGACUUGGGAAGUAACUAAUCAGAGACAUAUUAUAAUUUGGUCUGUAUCAAAGAUAGCCCCACCCUUCACAUGGUGGCCAGACUUGUACCCUGACCUUUGCAAAAUGGCUUUAGGAGCACCUGCAAACUGGGAUUUGCAAAGCCACCUAGACCCCAACGUGGUUCCUGGGGACUCUAGACGUGGGUCUUUCAGUGAGAGAAGGGGCUUAGAUCCCUGGGGAGGCUGCGGGACCACCAACCACCGCAGUAUGCUACGAGUCCUAACCUUUUAUGUAUGUCCAGGACCCCACCAGCAACCUAAAUUAGUAAACAAAUGUGGGGGGAGAAAUGAAUUUUACUGCAAAAAUUGGGGGUGUGAAACCACUGGCGAUACUUACUGGAAGCCUACCUCCAGUUGGGAUUACAUUAUUGUUAAAGCUAAUUACAGUCAUGCCGAACCCCCAGAUCGGGGACCAAACAAUAGGUGGACUAAUCAGCCAAUAUGUACCACCUGGUGCCACCCCCUGCUGAUCCGGUUCACGGACGCUGGAAAGCGGAUUUCAACUAACUGGUUGACGGGGUUCACUUGGGGCCUACGGAUAUAUAAGGAAAGAUAUGAUGAUGGGUUACUUUUCACCAUCAAACUGAAGAUAACAACCCCAUCUGCUGAAGUAGGGCCAAAUAAAGCUGGCCCUCGUCUGGUUCCCCCAGUAAAAGCAGACCCCCAGACUAUGGCGCCACGUCCAGUAACCCCCUCUCCUAACUCAAAAAUAGGUAAAGAUUCUUCCCCUAAGCCUCCUGGACCAUACAUUACUUCCCUAGCACAGGGAGCCUUCCAGACCCUAAAUAACACCAACCCAAAAGUUACUGAGUCUUGUUGGUUAUGCUUUGGGAUUGCUCCCCCAUAUUAUGAAGGAAUUGCCUUUACAGAUGAGGUAAGUAACAUCCAAGAGGCGACAGCCUGCCGUUGGACGCAAAGGGAGGCUAGACUUUCCCUGUCUGCCGUUUCAGGGCAAGGACUCUGUGUGGGUAAAAUCCCCCCCAGUCAUCAGUUUUUAUGCAACCAAACCUAUAAUGUUACAGGCCUGUCAGGGUAUCUCAUACCACCGACCAAUGGAUGGUGGGCCUGUGCGACAGGAAUUACUACUUGUGUCAGUACUCAGGUGCUUGUCAAUUCGUCUGACUACUGUGUCCUGGUCCAGGUAAUCCCUCGAGUUACCUAUCACCCGUAUGAAGAGCCCUUUCAAUACUGGGACUCUGUGGGGGAACCACUGAUACGAACAAAAAGAGAUUUGGGAAUUUCUCUAGCUAUAAUGCUUGGGAUCGGACUAGGAACAGCAGGGACAGCAGUUGGAGGGUCAGCUAUAGCCCUCCGACAUAGUGGGUUAAAUGAGCUCAGGGCAGCUGUUGAUGAGGACAUAGAAAGAUUAGAAAACACAAUUAGAGAGCUAAAAGAUUCCUUACAGUCAUUAUCAGAGAUGGUGUUACAGAAUAGAAGGGGCUUAGAUUUAUUGUUUCUGCAACAAGGAGGUUUAUGCGCUGCCCUAAAAGAAGAAUGUUGUUUCUAUGUUGACCAUACUGGAGUUGUCACUGAGACCCUAGAUAAGGUCAAAGAGGGCUUAGAAAAGAGAAAGCGAGAACGAGCCCAAAGCCUAGGAUGGUUUGAAGGAUGGUUUAAUUCCUCUCCAUGGAUGACCACUCUAAUCUCCACCUUGCUCGGCCCUUUGCUAAUUAUUCUCUUGAUUGUAACCUUUGGUCCCUGCAUUUUUAACAAGCUGCGUAACUUCAUGAGAAGAAUGGAUUAGUACCAUUCAGGUCCUUAUGCUUUAACAGCAGUAUCAGCAAUUAGAUGUGCAGGCUGAAUCUAGCCUGUAAUUUUAGGGAUAAAAUUAUGUCAAAGAAAAAGGGGAGAAAUGAGACCAUCCCAGACUAGAAAGAAAAACAACUGGACCUUGAAUAAGGGCCGGCUAAGAAAGAACAGUCAGACAAUUAGGGCUACUAAACCUUGAGUAGAGGCCAGACCAGAUGGCCUUCCUCAGAGGACAGGAUGAGCCUAUUUUAAGAUAAGAAACCCGGAGCAGGGAGCAUUGCCCUUGGAAGAAGCUGUAAGCUGCCAGCUGCAAAAGUGCUAUCUUUCUGCUGACUGGUCAAUGUAAAGAUACAUGUGUGGCCUGAUUUUUAGGUAUAAAAACUCUGUGCUUUGUAUGCUUGGGGUUGUCUCCUGCCUUGAAGGGGCGACCCCCAUCGCGAUCGAUCGGAAUAAACUACCUCUUGCUUUUCGUGGUCUGUGAGUCUCUUUGGGGAGGGAGGGGUCCGGAGUCUCUGCAUUAGGAGUGCAGGUCUUGCAAAAGUUCUCACCGAGAACCCCAGUCCAGUUGAACUCUUUAUACCUGCUUUGUUUCCUUUUCCCUAUGUUGAUAAAACUUCUUUCCUGUGUUUGAGAAGAAGGUGUCAAAUGUUUCCUGCUGUUUAUAUGAUUGAACUGAAGUUCUUAAUAAUUUUAUAUAGGAAGAACGGAUUUUGUGUCUUAAAACUUCUAACAGGAUAUAAAGUGUAUUAUUAUUUUUUGCCUAGUAAACACCCACAUCACACUGUGGACAUUUGCCUGGAGUUCACUGUGUGAGACUCUUAAUUUCUGUCUGUUGGAGAAAUUUCUGUGUGUGCUUGGUGAACUGGCUCAGCCGACUGUUGGGAAAUCCCACUACACCUGUUAAUGGCAGCGAAUAUAGGUUAGGUUAACAUUGCUGCGCUCGGAUCUCUGGGUGUCAUUCAAUAAGACACUUAACCUCUAGUUAUAGUUCAAUUUCUUUGUCACUAAAAUGAGUUUAAUUCUUGCACUCCUCUGGUGGAUUCCUUUAUUCAAAGAUUAGGUCCAGAUUGCUGAAGCUAAUACUUUCCCCCUCCCCCUUCUCAGUCCAUAAGCUUCCUGGGUAUGUAUCUGUUGUCUGGAGCUGCUUUAGCCAUCUGCAGAAGCACACAGAAAAUAAUGGACGGGAAAGGCUUAGGAAAGACAACUUCCCUGGAUGGAGAUGGGUUGAGGGGUUAAUUGUUGGCGAUUUGAGUACUGACACUAUUUAUGAAAACAAGUAAGUUGAACUAAAAGGUGAUCCCACAUAAAACCACAUUUUAUGAGUCUUCCUUGGCUGGCCCUUAAACAGUGUUAGCAGCAGGUCUUUGAUGUGGAAUGUGUACCCUGAGGCGUAUUUAUGUUUUUCUUAGCUUUGUGGUCUCUCUUCCAGAUGUGGUCAGAAUGGGUCUCUGGGAUAGUCUUGAAUGCAAUGAAUAUUAGGCCUAAGGGCCUUGAAAUCCAUACCACUGGCGCUGACAGAACCGAGCUCCUCAUUAACCAGGAAAAGAUGCCAGCUGCCAUUCUGCAUCAAUGUGUGGCUCGUUCCAGGUAGUUUAUCUGGAUAGGCAUGGCAUUUAAACAGCUAGGAAUAACUCACUUUUCAAGAUGGUGAUGAAGCUGGAUGCCUCACAUAGGGGUGGAUGCUUAUGUAGAGCCUCCAAAUGGGAGAGCCUUAAAAUUAAAAACGUGAUUAAAAAGCAGUAAUGCUGAGUAGUAUUCCAUUGUGUAGAAAUACCACAAUUUCUGUAUCCAUUCCUCCGUUGAUGGACAUCUGGGUUGUUUCCAGGUUCUGGCUAUUACAAAUAAA